GCAGCGGGGACAUGGAGCCGUCUCCGGCCACCGGAGGCUCGGAGACCACCCGCCUCGUGAGUGCGGGAGACCGUGGCGGCGCCGGCGGCGGCGGCGGCGGCGGCCUGCGAUUGAAGAGAGCUCAUUUGAGAGCGCCAGAAUUCCUCCAGCAGCAACAUCCGCCUUCUGCUGUGUGCCAUCGUGUCUAGUCCGCAUUUGUUCCAUUCACCAAGAACUCACGUCAUUCAGGAAGAGUGGCCGUUGGUUUUCCGUUCCUGGGGUGCCUCUCGUAGUAUAGGAUUUGUCUUUUCACAGAGCCCUCAGAGCCCCUUCCUGAGGAGGCCAAGCUUGAGGGGAUGGCCCACCGCCAUUGCCAUAAGAACGCCCAGGCGCUGUCAGGCCUCUCUCCCGAGAGGCUGCAGGCCCGGAGGCAACUGUAUGCUGCCUGUGCUGUGUGCUUAAUCUUCAUGGCCGGGGAGGUGGUUGGUGGGUAUUUGGCACACAGCUUGGCCAUUAUGACCGAUGCCGCUCACUUGCUGGCAGAUGUAGGCAGCAUGGUAGCCAGCCUCUUCUCCCUCUGGCUCUCCUCUCGGCCAGCCACCCGAACCAUGACCUUUGGCUGGCACCGCUCCGAGACUCUGGGGGCUUUGGCCUCUGUGAUCUCCCUCUGGAUGGUCACUGGCGUCCUGCUGUACCUGGCCUUCAACCGCCUGCUGCAUAGUGACUACCAUAUCGAGGCGGGCGCCAUGCUGCUGACCGCGAGCAUCGCUGUCUGCGCCAAUAUGCUAAUGGCCUUUGUGCUGCACCAGACUGGGCCUUCCCACAACCAUGGAUCUAGGGGUAGAGGAAUGGCCUUUGUGCUGCACCAGACUGGGCCCUCCCACAGCCAUGGAUCUAGGGGUAGAGGGUAUGCACCACUGGAGGAGGGGCAAGGAUACCCCCUGUCCCUGGGAAAUACCAGCGUCCGGGCUGCCUUUGUGCAUGUACUGGGAGAUCUCCUUCAGAGCCUGGGGGUCCUGGUUGCCUCCAUCCUCAUCUACUUCAAGCCUCAGUACAAGGCGGCUGACCCAAUCAGUACUUUCCUCUUCUCUAUCUGUGCCCUUGGAUCCACAGCCCCUACCCUUCGAGACGUGCUCCGCAUCCUCAUGGAAGGUGCCCCUCCCAGCGUGGGGUUUGAACCUGUAAGGGACACACUGCUCUCAGUGCCGGGAGUCCGAGCGACCCAUGAUCUCCACCUGUGGGCCCUGACGCUUACUUACCACGCCGCCUCUGCACACCUGGCUAUUGACUCCACGGCUGACCCUGAAGCUGUCCUGGCCGAAGCCUCAUCGCGGCUCUAUUCCCGGUUUGGAUUCUCCAGCUGCACCCUGCAGGUGGAGCGAUACCAGCCUGAGAUGGCCCGGUGUGCGCACUGCCGGGAACCCACCCAAGCCUGAGCCCCACCCUCGCCCCACUGCCAGACCCAGACUCAGCCAUGGAUUCUCAGCACCUGCCUCCCCAUCACAGAAGGGACCAUCUUCUCUCCACCUUCCACCUGCCAAAUGCCCCAGCCCCAGCCCCUGUGGUCAAGAC